AUGUCCGCAGGCUUGAAUAACGGGGAUCUGCAGAUUCUAAAGCCAGAGGAGCAUGCUGCGGCCUUGACGGCAGCGGGUUUCACCACCCAGACCAGGCGGGGCCUGACCAGCGGCCCCGUGCUGCAGCUGCAGACCGACGAGGCACGGUCCAUGCUGUUCUGCAUGGGGAAGCAGGGAGUGCGCGUGUACAGGCUGCCCCGCCUGCUGCUGAAGGCCGAGGUCGCCGGGACCAGGGGCUGCCGGGCCUUUGCCUGGCACUCCGAGACCAGGACCCUGGCAACAGCCUACAGAAAGAGGGUCUACUUCUUCACCUACGAGGGCCUGGAGGAGUACUGCUGCAUCGCCCCGGCCCAGAGCGGCGUGGCCCACCUCGCCCAGCACGCCAGCGCCAGCCCCUGCGUGACCCCGGUCUCCGCCUCCCAGGUCCUGCUCAGCCUGGGGGCCGAGAGUGGGCUGUUCCGGCUGCCUGAUGGGCCCCGCCCGCCCCACCAGACCGCGUCGCUGGCCUGGUCCUCGCCGCCGGCGUCGGUGGCCGUCGCGGCGCCGUUUGCGCUGGGUGCGCUGGGCCCCGACGCGGUCGAGGCGCGCCCCAUCCAGGCUCUCUCCGGCGCCGCCCUGGUGCAGACCCUGGCCCUGAAGGGCGAGGCCGGGGGCGCAGAGCCUGCCGGCGCCGACGCUGGCAAGGAAACGAGCGCCGCCUCCUCGGGCACGAGCGGCCCGGCCCUGCUCUGCCCCUGGCCGUUGGCGGACGGCUCCUGCCUGGUCGCGCGCGCCGGCGGACGGCUGGUGCGCCUGUCCCAGCGCCCCGCGCUGGCGCAGGCCGCGGCGCUGCUGGAGCUGGGCGAGUAUGAGGAGUGCCUGGCCGUGGCGGCCGCCGCCCCAGCAGCGGACCUGGAGGCACGGCGGCGGCUGGAGGAUGUCGCGCACCUGCGCUACGCGGCCCCCCAAGGCGAGGAGUUUGCGCGUGCCGUGGCGGUGGUGCUGCCGCACCUGCUGAGCCAGCGCAACCGCGAGGCUGGCGCCUCGCCCGGCGGCGUGCCCAGCCCCGCCGCCGUCGCGGUCGACACGGCCGUGCUCCGGGCGCUGCUGGCCCUGCCCGACAGCGGCGCGCUCCUGCACUUCAUCCAGCGGCCCAACCAUGUGGACCUGGAGGAAGGGCGAGCCGCCCUGCGCGCUGCCGGACGCUACUCCGAGCUCGUCGCGCUCUACCAGGGGCGCGGUCGCCACUCCUCUGCGCUGGCCCUUUUAGAGAGCCUGUCGGUGCGCCCAGAGCAGCUGGAGGUGCCCGCUCAGGGCGCCUCGGCCGAGCUGCGCGGCCUGCCGGGGGCGUGGGCGGCCGUGCGCUACCUGCUGGGCUUGGGCGCCGACCAGCUCAGCCUCAUCUCCACCCACUCCAGGUGGAUCCUGGAGGCCGACCCGGACGCCGGCCUGCAGAUGUUCACCAGCCUGCCCGUCGACCCCGGCGCACUCCUGCCCAUCCUCAACUCGCACGCCCCCGCCCUCGCCGGUUCCUACCUGGAGGAGGUGCUGGCCAGCGGCAGGGCCGCGCCCGCCGUGUACCAGCAGCAGCUGGCGGCGCUGUACCUUCGCCACGUGGUUCAGCAUGCCAGCGAGGACCCCGGCGACCCGGAGGCGCGGGGCCUGGCGGAGACCGCCAAGCUGAAGCAGCUGAUCCUGCAUGCCAGCCACCUGAGGCUGGACUCCCUCCUGGCCCUCCUGCCCUCGCACCAGCUGCUGGAGCUGCGGGCCGCGAUUCUGGAGCGAAUGGGCAGGCACCACGAGGCCCUGCGGCUGUACGUCCACCAGCUGGGCCAGCCGGCAGCCGCCGAGGCGUACUGCGACCGCGCGCUGCACCUGCCCAUGCUGCGGCUGUGGCUGGACCGGACCGGGCAGCGCCAGGACGGGUGGAGUGACCCCCAGCCCUCCGACAUCUACCUCCUCCUCAUCCAGGGCCAGGCCCCUGCGACGGGCGCCGUGUCGCUGGAGCGGUGGGCGGAGGUGGCAGAGCUGCUGGGCCGCAAGCGGGGCGCCAUCCAACCCGUGCACGCGCUGGAGCUGCUGCCGCGGGAGCUGCCGCUGCGCGCCGGGCUGCGCUUCCUGCGCAGCGCGCUGUGGGGCGCGCAGGAGGAGCGGCGGGGCGCCGCCGUGCGGCGCAGCCUGCGCCAGGCUGAGGCCGUGGGCCUGGCCGCGCAGCUGGCGGGGGCGCACAAGAGGUUGAUCGCGCUGGUCCCAGAGCGCCUGUGUACGCUGUGCUACAAGCGCGUGGGGCUCAGCGCCUUUGUGGCCUUCCCAGAUGGGCGGCUGGCCCAUUACUCGUGCUUCAAACGGCACGACGGCAGGGGCAGCGGGGCGGUGGAGGCACUAAAGGCAGCUGUCCAAGCGGCGUAA